CGAGGCUAGAUACGUGACUAAACCAUUUCGACGUAUAAAUAUGAUUCUUCAGGUGCCUCUCCUCUCCCUGCUGGCUCCCCGAAUCGUAUCCCUUGCGAAUCAUGUCGAUAAUCACUGAGAAGCCAGAAGAAGUAUACAUAGAGAAUGUUGGCUCUUGCGACGACCAAGGAUGCACUUCCUCGGUUAGCAUGGUAUUUCCUAACAGGUGGUCGAGGUUCAGGUAUGCUAUCCGUGAACCAGCGGCCGAGUUUCUAGGUACAAUGAUCUUCGUGAUCUUCGGUACCGGUGUCAACUGUCAAAUGUUUCUAUCCAUAAACCCGAAUGUUGAAGCGGUCCCAAGAGGGGAUUUCCUUUCGCUCAACUUCGGCUGGGCUGCAGGCGUGGCACUCGGGGUGUGGAUCGCAGGAGGUAUAUCUGGGGGGCACUUAAACCCUGCGAUCACGUUUACUCUGGCAGUUUUCCGGGGGUUUCCUUGGAAAAAGGUGCCAUACUACAUCUUCGCUCAGCUACUGGGCGCAUUUUGUGGUGCUGGUGUUGUCUAUGCCAACAACUUCCAUGCUAUAGACAUAGUAGAAGGCGGACCUGGCAUCCGAACUAUUAGUGGUUCGGGAGAUCUUCUUGCUACAUAUGCCGCAAGCUUCCUGACCCCUGUCUCAUGCUUCUUUUCCGAGUUUUUGGGCUCUGCAAUAUUAAUCAUUGCUGUACUCUGCAUCACUGACAAGAGAAAUGGACCGCCCCCACAGGGUCUCGUCCCUCUUGCCCUAUUCAUUGUGAUACUCGGCAUUGGGACUUCUCUCGGCAUGAACACGAGCUAUUCCCUGAAUCCCGCUCGAGAUUUGGGGCCAAGAAUCUUCACGGCGGCCGUAGGCUAUGGAACUGCAGUGUUCACCUACCGCAAUCAAUAUUGGUUAUGGUGCAUUGUGCUUGGUCCAGUCACAGGGAUGUUGUGCGGUGCAUUCGUUUAUGAUACCUUAAUUUUCGAAGGCGGCGAAAGCAUUAUAAAUAAACCUAACACCCAAGCCAUAGAUCGCUAUCUUCGGAACUCAGGACAGAGAGAACAGCUCCCUAUGAGGAUCGAGGAUGCUCGGAUGAACAUUGACAACACAUGAUCUUUGACAAGAACGUGUUUUCUCCAGCUUCGGCAAAUGUCGCCCACCAUGUCUGAUCUCCAUUUCCCCAAUGGUAAUUGGGAUACAUGUAAUGAUAGAUAGUGGUCUGAUUGUGCGGCUGAAUUUUUCAUUCUAAAUACAAACUGAACCAUCGGAUG